AUUAUAAAAAUUAUGGUCCCAUAUAGAGUCCACGCGGACACUUUAUAUGGUUCUUGAAAUUGUCAUUCCACCCCAAAUUCUCCACUUUCUUUGGGGGGAAAAAGGUGUAACUGAUCUGGCUAGAGGUUUAGAGAAACUCUGGCUUUGUUCACAUUCAGUGUUGUUGUCCUAUGUUUUCUUGGUUGGAUUUUGUAGGCAAGAAAAGUGUCUUUCACCUUCUUCCAUGAUUUUUAGACCAAAAAGGACUUGUUUGGGAGUUGAAUGCUUUGGGGCUUUUCAUGUAGUGAAAGGGUUCUGUUUUUCUGAUUUGGCUAAAAAAUUGGCGGGGUUUUCUUGGGACUGACAGAUUUUACCAGGAAUUUAAUUGGGAGGAGGGGUUUAGGACUUUAUCAAUUUCUCCCAAAUUGUUUAGUCCAGAUAUGAAUGUUAAGGCGGUUAAGAAUGUUAAGAGGGAGAGGGUAAUGGAGGGUUGUAUUAAUUCAGUGAGAAAAGUUAGGAUCAUAUAUGAUGAUCCUGAUGCUACUGAUUCUGAGAGCGACGAUGAUCAGAAUGAAAAUGUUGGUAGAAUCAAGCGCGUUGUUAAGGAGGUUGUCAUUCCUUGUGUUUCGUGUGAGAACAGCUUUGAAAAAUGUUCUAAAAUUGACGACGUUAGGAUACAAAAUUCCAAGAAGAUUGUUGAAAACAAGAGGGUGCAGCUAAAGCCGUCAUCGUUGCCUAGAGGAGUUAGGAUGAGGAAAUGGGGUAAGUAUGCAGCGGAGAUUAGAGACCCUUCGCAGGGGAAGAGGAUAUGGUUGGGGACUUUUGAGACUGUGGAAGCGGCUUCACAAGCAUACGAGGCGAAGAGGGCUGAGUUUGAUAGAACGAUGUUAUUGGAGAAGGAUAAGAAUUUGAGUUCUGCUGGAGCUCCUGCUGAGGGUUCUGUGGCUUGUUCAUCGCAUCCUACAAAUGGGACUAAUCGUUUGGAGUCACUCCCAUCCCCAUCUUCGGUGCUAGAUGCGCCCACAUCAUCAGCUGCCCCAGUCGAGUCCAUUGACGUUCCAGCGAAAGAGAUGGAUCAAAUGCCAGCUUUAGAAACCAUGGAAGACCUAUUGUUUUCAGGUUGUCUAGAUUUUAACUCGGGAUUUGAGGAUCAAAUGCUGAAUGAAUUUGUUGGAAAGGCAGAACAGGGCAUUUCAAGAUUGAUCGAAGAACCUUUGAUAGAACAAGGCUUGAAAAGUAAUUGCCUUGUUGAGAUGACUGAAGUGAAUAUCAAGAAGCAAACGAAAGCCAGGCAACAAAGGAUAGAAAUUUGUAAAAAAUUUACAAAGGGCAUUGAGGACCGGAGUCUAAAUUGCAAUGACAAGUCUGUUCUUGGUGUACUAGACGAGCCUCGCAUCAUGUCACCUUCUAUUAGUGCGGAGCUUAAGAACGUGCGCUUUGAGGAAAAUGCAGCUACGGGGAAUGACUUGAAACUUCUAGGCUUUGAUAACAAUGCUCUAUUUGAUAAGGAUCCAGCACAAAUGUUUGAUCCAUAUACUGAUGCCUUAGGUUUGGACAGCAAUUUUCUUUGGUGUUAUGGCGUAGACGAAGACUUCACAGAUGAUUUUUUUGAAGUUACUUCACCAAAACUGGAUGAAGUUGAUGUUAGAUGGUUAGAUGAUCUUUUGUUAUCAGAUCAAUCGACUCCGUAAGCACUAGUAAGUUAAAGAAUGUUGUAAAGUUGAAAAUGUGGGCG